GCACCCGUGUAUCACCACCGGCCCCUCUCUCUCUCCCGCAAGCCACCCGGAAGCCUCGCUUCCGCCGCCGCCGUCGCUGCCGCGACGCAGAGCUCGCCCGUGCUCCCCCUACGAACGGAGCUCCCGCCCCUCGUCGGCGCAGGGAUCUGUUCACCAUGGCCCGCUUGUAUGUUGGCAACUUGGAUGCCCGGGUGACUGCUGGGGAACUUGAAGAUGAGUUUCGUGUGUUUGGAGUUUUGCGAAGUGUAUGGGUUGCACGUAAACCACCUGGUUUUGCGUUUAUUGAUUUUGAUGACAAGCGGGAUGCUGAAGAUGCACUUCGUGAUCUAGAUGGCAAGAAUGGAUGGAGGGUUGAGCUGUCUCGCAAUGACCGUGGUGACCGUGGAGGCCGUGGUGGUGGUGGUGGUGGUGGCGGCGGCGGUCGUGAUCGUGGUGGGUCUGAUAUGAAAUGCUAUGAAUGUGGUGAAUCUGGGCACUUUGCUCGUGAAUGUCGUCUGCGUAUUGGUGCUGGGGGUCUGGGCAGUGGAAGGCGUCGCAGCAGGAGCCGCAGCCGCAGCCGCAGUCCUAGGUACCGCAGGAGUCCGAGCUAUGGCAGAAGAAGUUACAGCCCUCGUGAUCGCUCUCCAAGACGCCGCAGUGCUUCUCCAGCCCCAGCCCGUGGUCGCAGCUAUAGCAAGUCACCAGUCCGUGCCAGGGAUGAUUCUCCUGAUGCUAAAGGGUAUCGCCGCAGCCGGAGUUAGAUCUGAAGCCUGUGUCCGAUGCAUGUUCUCUGCGAGAAGUUACUCUUUAGCUCUGCCUGCUAGGAGUACUGAGACCUGACGUCAACUUCUUGACUUCUGUUAAGGUUUCAACUUUAUCUAUAGUUUAUGUUUGCUUCUGAUUCUGUCAUUAAAAAAAUUAUGUGGUGGAUGUGGUAUGCAACUGAGACCUAUUACCUGUCUUUCUGUGUGUUAAGAAGGCAUCGUCCUGCACUUCUGCUUAAACGACUCAGCCAACUACGGCUCUUCAGUUGU